AGAAGAAGAAAAGAAAACAUCAUUAGCUAAAAGGGAGCAAUAACCCAAAAAAAUAAAGUUGAAGAAGAGAGUGAACAUCGGUUGGAGCUGGGGAGAGUUGAGCAGCCUGUCCCGAAUCUGUCGAUCCACAUAGUUGACGUGGUUUACUUCGGACCCGCAGAUAAAGAGAAGCUUCUUAGUGGAGAUCUAAAGAAGAAAGAAGAUCACUGUUUCUCCUCUGUAUCUUCAGAAAAAACGAGAGACAGAGUUUAGUGGAGGAAGAGGCAAUGGCGGCUAGGUAUUGGUGUCAUAUGUGUUCGCUAGCUGUGAAUCCUAUCAUUGACGCGGACAUCAAAUGUCCCUAUUGCCAAAGCGGGUUCGUUGAGGAAAUGAGCCAAGAUGAGGUCAAUAUCGCUGCUUCUGCUGCUGAUGUUGAUGGAAACGUCGAUAAUCAUGGAGACAUGGAACAUGAUGGAGAGAUUGAAUUAGACAGGGAGGUUGAUUCUAUCAUUAGGAUGAGACGAAGAAGCUCAGCUGCAAUAUUGCAGUUGGUUCAAGGCAUUCGUGCAGGGAUUAACUCGGACGGGAACACUACUUCUCGUUCCGCAAUUGGAGAUUACUUAGCUCGACAGGAGUUAGACCACUUGCUUCACAAUCUAGCUGAUAACGAUCCAAUAACGCGACAAGGUACUCUUCCAGCACGAAAGGAAGCAGUGGUGUAUCUCCGAACUGUUAAAGUAUGUGAGCCGUUGCAGUGUUCAGUUUGUUUGGAGGACUUUGAGAAAGGAAGUGAAGCUACAGAGAUGCCGUGUAAGCACAAGUUUCACAUGCGGUGUAUAGUACCGUGGCUUGAGCUUCACAGUUCGUGUCCUGUGUGCCGGUAUGAACUACCUCCUGAUGAGGAGGAGUUAAAGACUGAUCUGUUGAGACCCAGAACAAGAAGUGUAAGGAUCAUCAACUUAAGUAAUGAGAAUGUGGAAGAGGAUGCAAGGAACAUUGGUGGGAGCGAGAGAAGGUUCUCAUUACAGUGGCCGUUCAGUGGAUUGUUAUCUUCCUCCUCUUCGUCAUCAGGAUCAACAUCAGGGUCGUCUCAACUCAGUGAGAACUCAAGUUAAGGAUUAAAAAUAAAAUAAAAAACAAUCUCUACCCCUUUCUAUAUUCGUCAGGUUGAAGUACAUAACAUAACUUUUGAUGAAUGGAGUAGUUUCUUUGUUUUGUUUUAUAUCAUCUUGAUAGGAACAAGUAUUAUUCUCAAGAUAAUUCUUUCAACCUA